UCUAUCAGCCUAUCGAUCGACGUCAUGCAUUGCAUGAGAUGGUGCAAUAUGGCUUGCGUUACCCUCUACCCCGCUUGCUGAGUGAUCUUCUUGGGUGGAUCUUUCCGAUAAGCUGUUGCAGUUCUGCUGACGAAAUGCCUCCAUCGCAGCCCGUGAAACGGCAUACAUAAAAGCAGCCCAAGCUCGUGUAUUUGAACAAGAAUUUCGUCUCAUUCCUCACCCCGCCCUUCAUCAUCCCUUCCUACGACGGCACGAAUCCCACCUACACUCAUUAUCAAACACCCGUAACAAGAUGGCUCUGCCACCCAAGUUCAGCGCGUUCCGACUCACCUUCACCGGAGCCAAUUCGGCAGCCCCGGCGGCACCGGGCCUGGCGGAGCUCCCCCACACGAUCGAGCUCUUCCUCGACUACGUCUGCCCCUUCUCAGCCAAGCUCUUCAACACAGUGUACACGCGCGUCGCCCCGCGCAUCCGCUCCAGCCCGGCGCUAGCCAGCAAGGUGCAGAUCAUCUUCCGGCCGCAGGUGCAGCCGUGGCACCCGUCGUCGACGCUGACGCACGAGGCCGGGCUGGCCGUGUCGCGGCUGGCGCCCCUGCGGUUCUGGGACUUCUCGGCCGCGCUGUUCGCCGCGCAGGCGGCCUACUUCGACGUCAGCGUCGUCGCCGAGGCCCGCAACGCCACCUACGCCCGGCUUGCCCGCCUGGCCGCCGAGGCGACGGGCGGCGCCGCGCCCGAGGAUGAGGUCCGACGACUGCUCGAGAUCCCGGAAAAGCCCGCCGCCGAUGGGGGCCUUAAUGUUGGGAACGCGGUCACGAAUGACCUCAAGGUGGUUGUUAAGAUGGCGCGGCUGGUCGGGGUUCAUGUGAGCCCGACGGUGAUUUUUGAUGGUGUGAUCGCGAAUGAGAUUAGUAGCAGCUGGACUGAGGAUCAGUGGAUCGAGUGGCUGAACAAGAAUGUUGCUUAGGGCUAGCGAGAGACUCGUGUAGGGACUGGCGGUUAUGGUCAUUUGCAAGGCGGACAAUCUUCAACCAGCAACUAAUUGUUGGGAGCUGACAUAUAUUAUGUUGUGAGCACUACAUUCGCCUCGACAUAACCUACCCAACGUAUCCCUCAA